AUGCGCACCCAUUGCGCACUUACGGACGCGAUGGACCAGCAAGGAUGGGGAAUGGGCGAGAAGCUGGCAGGCCUGCCACCGCGUCUCCAUCAACUCAUCAAGGAUCGCCUCAUCACACUGAAGCAGCGCCAACAAGAGCUAGGCCCCGCCCCAAGAGCAUUCCGGGUCGGACGUCGUGCCCGCCCGAUCGUCCACCUCGACGACCUGCUCGAUCAUUUCGGCGUCACCGACCAGGAGCGCCAGGACAGUGGCAUCCGUGAUCUGACGCGCUCCAUGGCCCGUGCGCGUCUGACGAGGACGAACACACCGACACGAGCCACACCGGGCCGCAAUGCUACACCAACAAGGACUCCACUCGCUCGCCUCGGCCAGAAUCUGUUCACCGGCACGCCCACCAACCACAACCAGCCGCGCACUCCAGUUUCGGCUGGACGUGCCGCCCAACAAAAGACUGAUCUCGAGCGAGCCGACCGUCUGAAACAAGAACAACUGCAAGAGCGCUCAGAACGCAUCCGCCUCGACAAUGAGAAGAAACAAGAAGCCGCCAAGGCACGAAAGCAGCAAAUUGAAGAUGAAAGACUGGCCAAGCUGCGCGCCAAGGGAACGCCGAUGAUGGGAAGGGCCAAGGAGCUGCAGUCGCCACGGGUUCCGCUCAAGAAGGCACUUUUCACCGAAGAGAGCGAUGAUGAGCCCAUCCACCACGUCACGCAUGCCACCUCUGCUAAGCGUUCUUCUCCUCGCCGUAAACCAGCAAGGACCGAGUAUCUCGACACGAGCAGCGAUGAUGAAGAUGAGCCGCAGAGAAGACGAGGCCCCAUCCAGCAAACACCCGCCGACAAGAAGAAGCCGGUCAUCGAAGUCGUCAUGCAAGAAGCCGAGUCGGAAGAAGAUCAUCCCAUGGAACAAGACGAAGACGAGCAUGAGGUCGAACAAUUCGAUUUGGACAAGCAGGUGAAGCUCGAAGAGCAGCCAUCAUUCGCCUCGCCGCCGGAAGAACAAAUGGUUGCUGAGGAUGAGGGUGUAGAGGAAGAUGAGGAGGAGCUGCGAGCGCAAGAAAACAAGGCCAUGGAGUUGGAGACUCCACCGCCUCGUCGUCCAUCUACAAUGAAGAAGGCACUCUCAAUGCACACACAAGACAACAAGAAGGAGGCCACUCCCGAUGAGCCGAAGGAAGAAAAGAAACGCCUCACCGAGGACAACUAUGACAUAGACGAUCUGAACAGUGGCGACGAGACGGAUGAUGAGGACAAGCCGCGCAAGAAGAUCCCCGCAUGGGCCACUGGAAAUGCCCUCCGCAACUGCGUGCGCAGCCAGUCGAUGCUCGCCUUCGACUACAAGACGUACUUUGGCCCCACGCAAGAAGUCGACCUCAGCAAAAUCUUCGGCGUUAAGGAAUUCAAGCCCCGCUCUUCAUCGGCCGUCUGGGAGUCGCCGAUCAACCGCCCUCGGCCCGGGUUCAGCACCCUCGACGCGUCACAAGUGGUCGAGAUGGACGAGUACGAGGAC